AUGACUGUUGAAUCUUUUGAUAUCAAAAAAAUUGCCAUUAUUGGUGGUGGAGUUGCUGGUAUUGCUGCAUUAAAUGAAUUAUUACAUACAUCAAAAGAUGGGAUUUCAACUUUUGACAAUGAUGAUUCAAAUCCUGCAUUUGAAGAAAUUGUAUUAUUUGAAAGAAAUGAUACUUUAGGAGGUAAUUGGUAUUAUUCAAACAAAUCUGAUCCUGUUUUCCCAUCUCAAGAUAUUUUAAAUGAUGGAAAUUAUAAUAAACCUGAAACUUUAGAUCCACCACUCAAAUCUAUACCAAACCCUAAUGAUUUGAAACUUACUUCACUUGAUUCUCCAAUUAUUAAAAAACAUGAUGAAACAGUACGCUGGUCAAAUAGUGCAGCUUAUCCAGCAUUAUUUUCAAAUAUCAUUGCACCAUUAGUUAGAUUACCUAAUGGAUUGAAACAUUAUGAUUCAAAUGGUUCUCGUUCAAUUAAUCCAUUCUCUACAGCUGGUGAGAUUCAUAAAGAUCUUUAUAAAGUUGUACAAGAAAAUCAAUUAAACAAAUUCAUUAGAUUUCAAACAACAGUUGAAAAAGUUGAAAAAUCCAAAGGAAAAUGGAAUUUAGUUUUACGUAAAACUGAUGGAAUCAAAGAUUAUUGGUAUCAAGAAACAUUUGAUGCUAUAAUAACUGCAAAUGGUCAUUAUAGUGUUCCAUUUAUUCCAUUCAUUGAAAAUUUGAAUCAAUAUAAUCAAUCACAUCCAAAUACAUUAUUACAUACUAAAGGAAUUAAAAAUUUUGACCAAUUCCAAAAUCAAAAUGUAUUGAUUAUCGGAUCACAUUCAAGUUCUGUUGAUGUUAUCAAAUUUUUGGUGGGAUCUUCUAAAUCAAUCACUGUAUCUAGAAGAACUGUUAAAAAUACGUCAGGUGCAGGAAUUGAAGUAAUUUUUGAACAACCUGAUUUAAUUAUAAAGCCCAAGAUUAAGGAGUUUGAUGGAUCUAAUGUGAUUUUUGUUGAUGAUUCAAUAGGUGUUUAUGAUAAAAUAAUAUUUGCAACUGGAUAUCAUUUCCAUUACCCUUUCCUUAAAAAUCAAAAUUUAAUUCAAUUAGGUCAAAUUGUUGAUGAAAAUUCAAAAUUUAGUCUCAUUAAAAAUCUUUAUCUAUAUGCAUUUUCUGUUGAUGAUCCAACAUUUACCACUAUUGGUAUUCAACAAUCACCAUAUCUUUUCGCUACAAUAGAAUCUCAAGCUGCAGCUAUAGCUGGUGUUUGGUCAAAUUUUAGUAAAUUACCAAGUAAAGAAUUUCAAUUAGAAUGGUUAAACCAAAGAAAUGUAGCAGGUGAUUUCCAUAUUUAUAAUGUUGAUACAGCAAGGGAAAAUUUGGCUGAUUUAUGUAUUAAAUUAGCUCCAAAGAAUAGGAAACAUCCAUUUGAUAUUUUAAAUGUUUCUAAAGAAGAAGUACAAAAUGGAUGGGAACAUGUUGUUAGGAUUUAUAAUUUAUUUAAGUCAGGUAAAUUAACUUAUGAUAAAGUUAUAGAUCUAAAUAAUUCUAAAUAA